AUGAGCGUCAGUGGUACUACCACCUGUCCUCUGUGCGGGUGGAAAGGGUCAUGGUCAGCCGACGCAGCGUACAGUGCGUACGUGCGCGACGCGGUUGAGGCGUGCUUGAAGGGGAGAGCUGUUGCCCUCCUCGGCGACGCCUACCCUGCGCUCUCGAGUGACCGCGUCGGUGAUGUGGUGGACAGCUGCCUCGAUCGCUCGUGUCUCACAGUGGACCUGCACUAAGCAGGGGGGUACCUUGCGGCGUGGUCUCCCGAUGACAUUGGUGCUGCUUGCGUGUCACUGGAGGCCCUUGAUACGAUCUCCAGCGAGGCAGUUGUCUGCUCGCUACGUGUUGAGGGUUCGUGGUUCACUGGCUGUGGCCUUGUGAAGAAAUGUUUGCACCUGCAAGUGCUGAUCUUGUACGAGUGCGCCGACCUCGUCUCGCUACGCAGGGUCGACUGCGUGCCGCUGCUGCAGCGGAUCACCGUGGAGCGCUGUGGCCUCGUUGACACAGCGGGGAUCGAAGAGUGCCGAUGUCUCAAGUCCCUACAGCUUCGUGAGUGCCCUUGGCUGUCGCGCUUUGGGUGGCAACACGUACGCAACAGUCAAGCAGACCCCCGAGAACCGAACGAGCAAGCCGGCUGCUGUGCGGCACUGCGCAGUGUGAGCAUUUUUUGCUGUCCCGCCUUCCAGAGUAUGGACUCCCUUUCCGCAGCCCCGCACCUGAGAGAGUUUCGUGGUCAGUGCACUCGCAUCUGCAGCCUGGACGCAUUGCGUGAGUGCCACCGCCUCGAGUUGCUCGAUGUUGGAGGAUGCCAGCAGGUGCACUGCAUUGAAGCCCUGCGAGGGGCAAAGGCGCUAAGGUAUCUUGAUAUCUCCAACACGAGUGUCGCCAACAUCGAUGCGCUCUCGCAGUGUACGGCACUCGAGAGGGUGAACCUGAACGGGUGCCUUCGGCUGUGCUCUCUCGGAUGGUCUCUGGCCUUCUGUACGGAACUCAGAGAGCUCCAUGCGUCUCGAACGUGCAUUGAGACGCUGAUUGGUCUGCGCCUGUGCCGUGUCCUCAGCAAAGUGGAUGUCAGUGGCUGCUCGGCGCUGAGGGACACCGCGGCGCUCGCGCACCUCUCCCAACUCACACACCUCAAUCUGUCUUUCACGGCGGUGAAUGACGUCAGCUCCCUUGGUUACUACAGCGGACUGGAGAGCGUUCGUCUGCGCGGAUGCCGGGAUGUGCGAGACUACUCGCCAGCACACAACCUCGAGGCCGCGCCGCCGCUGCGCUCUCUCGACCUCUCCGACACCGAUGUCUGCAGCAUCUCCGAGUGGGGUCGCUGCCCACCGAGGCUGGAGAAGCUCCGCAUGCACGGCUGCACGAGGCUCUCUGACAUCUCAGCCCUGCAGUCUGCAAGACGGCUGAGGGUGGUGGACCUGGACAAUACCCGGUGUACAGAGCGUGUCGCCGCUGCGGUUGGCACAGCGCCUGAGCUGGAGGAGCUUCCCACCAAUGGCGUCACCUACUGGACCGCAGUAUCUAUUCUUCGACCUGCAGGAGCGCAGCGGGACCGUAGCCUGCCAAACACCGACGGGUCGAGCCGGUAA